AUGGCUUCGCGCAGCAACAACGGAUGGCUCGGCGACGAUUGGGAGGGGGAUCUCACCGAGCGAUUUGACCUUGUGCAUCAGAUCCGACACGCAAUGUUGAAUCAUGAGGACAUCAAAGACGAGAUUGACAAGAUCGAGAUUUUCCAGAGGAAGGAGGUUUGGGCACACUUGCUCGUCCUGAGCUUGCCGCGUCUCCGAAGCUUCUUGGCGGAGGUGCAGGGCCCCGGCGGCGACGACCUGAUCUACAAUCUCAGUCGUGAUUUCAAAGAUAUGGACACCCUCAUUCUGCUUUUUCGAGGCCCGAAGGAAGAAUGGAUCAAGAGCGGUAACAUCUUAAGGAGCAAUGCUGAGAAACUCGCGUUGGCCGAGAGAGAUCUCGGAAUUUGCGUUUUUACGCUCCAACGACUAGGACAGAAAUGCCAUAUCCUCCCAUUCUGGACACUCAACCGACCGCGCUGUUCCCAGGCACUUGAUGCUGCAGCCAAAGUAUUCGGGAAAGAACGAAUCAAAAUGCUUCGCAAGAAGCUCGUCAAUCCCGUGACGAACAUCGUUGAUACAUCUAGAAACAUGAUCACGUUGCACCCUAUGCUGCACAAGUUUUGGGACGAAGGAAUUUUUGGUUUAGAGCCCGUCGCUCUCUUGUACGAAGAGGAUAGGAAGGGAGAACCCGUCAUUGCGGGUCCUUCGACUCUCUCUAAGGCCGCGGUCGAGACAUACAACGAGGAAAGCGGCGAGCCGGGGUCUUCGAUGUCUACGAGAUCUGGUACCAAGAGAGUGGGAGACAGUCCCCAGAUCACCACUUUCAAGAAGUCCAGAAGGAACAACGAGGACAAGGGCAAGGGCAAGAAGAAGGAGGUAGAGCAGUCGCAGGAUAUAGAAGCUACGGAGGAGGUUGAUGAGGCUGAGAGGGAGCCAGUCGGUCUUCGUGUUCGAUACCACUGGUUACCCGAAACGAAGGGCUUACAACCAGACACUCUUCCAAAAAACAUGGCCGAGGUAAGGCAGUUUUGGAACUCGUGGAAUGAUGAUAGCGUUGUACACGCCAAGGAUGCCCUACCCAUCGAUGACGGCCAGGAGGUCGACAUCUUCGAUACACCAAACGCCAAAGCCCCCGAUUUCGACAUUAUGCAGUUGCAGUUCGACAUUUUCCGGAUGCAGGCGUUGGCCGGCAGGGCAGACCCGAUCACCUAUGUUCCCGAUUGGUACUACGACCAGGAUGGGAAGAUUGUCUACGCCCCCAUUCCGGGAAAAGAAGAGGCUGUCCGGGCACUUGCGGCGAGGGAGGCGAGGGAGAUUCAAGAGGCUCAGGAAGCAAUGCAGGCUUAG